GUAUUCGCAGUGAACAAGCAAUGUAAUGCUAACAAGCGCGCAUAAUUUCAAAUGAGCAUCUACAACGCCUGCGUAAUAAUGUACAAAAUUGUAGUGACAUAACAAAAACAUAUCUGGAGAAAUCAACAACCGAAGGAAAAAGUUCUUUCUUUAAUACUGAGAUACAAAAAAUAAAACAAGUAUACGCACAUACAUAUGAAAUAAGGCAACAUACAUCUAUAUUACAACGCGAGUGAGUAAAAAAGUCGCACAACAUGGGACAAAAACGCCUUAAGCGACCAUCGUCGCUAUACCUUACGUUGGCGCUACUUUGUGCCUCAACUUUUGCUAAUGCUUCUGCCGAUGCAGCUGGCGCUGAAGCAAGCACACAACUGGAUCCAUCGUUAAAAAAUAUUAAAUAUAUAGAGAACAAAGUUAUACCAGAUGUUAAGUCAUUAGCUAACGAGGCUAGGGGAGAUGGCGUCAAUGCGGAAAAGUGGCAGCAGGUUCAGCGUUUUAUGGAGGACGGUAUGCCUGUACUAGAAUUGUAUGGGUACAAACCGAAAAGAGAUGCUCCAUUUACAAUGAUUGUACCGAAAAUCGAUGUGCGCACAAUUGAUAAGCCGCGACUGAAGGAAUUCAUGUUGGAGCACUUGAUACCAGGAAUAGUAUUUGAUAAUUUUGCUGAUGAUGACAACUAUGGCAAUGGGAAUGGUCAUAAAAUGCAUCUUCACAAAAUGGAAAAAUCGCAAAACAAUUUGUGGCUACUCAAUGGUUAUCUCAUUUUGUACAAACUGCGCUUGAAUGAAAACGUGAUAGCAAUCGCGAUUGAUGGCUACCUCGGUGACCGAAAAUCGCCCUACUCGAAGCGCAACAUACAAGAGUCGAAUAGCCGAUACAAUGAACCACAACGCUUAGAGAUGCGCAACGCAACAUCUAUGCAUACUAAAAUCGAGCCUAUACUAAAAGAGUCUAAGUCUAGUCCACUCAUGUCUUUCCUGAAUAGCAUGAAAAGCGGCACCAAAGUUUUUCAACAUUUCCUGUCUAAAAGCAAUCUAACCCAUAUAAUGGACGAUGGCUCAUACACGGUACUCAUACCGUCCGACAAUGCCUUUCAACGUUGGCAUCCCAUCGACUGGGGCUUCUACCCGUUUAGUGUGCAAGAAUUCACUGAAAGUGUGUUGCGUAACCACUUCUUGCCCACACAACGCCCACUGCGUAUGGCCGAAGUGAAGAACAUCGACCAGUUGGUGAUACGAACAAUGGGCGGAGAGAGUGUGGUCUUCCGCGGACAUCCCAGUCCAAGUGUUAACAAUGUAUCUAUUAUGUCAGACUACACGCUGAUAAAUGGCAAUCAAGUCUUCUUGAUCUCCGAGGUUUUAUUUGUGUCUGAAGCAGUGGUUUCCAAACUACAUCAGAUGCAUAAGGAUAAAGAAACGCCGCCGCUUCUAGCUUUUCCUUGGUUUGGAGCUCAAUUUUUGUCCCACUCAUUUUUGGCAUUAGAACGCGAUCCAAGAUUUUCGCAAAUAACAAGGUACUUGAACAACGCCGAAAUAGCUCCGCAUAUAUCAGGCGCCAAUUACACGUUCUUUGUGCCAGAAGAUAAAGCAUUUGAACGACUUGGUUUCGAUAGGCUCUCCGAUGAUGUCAUGGCUUCACCCCGCGGCAUUAAAAUGUUACUCAAUCAUUUCGUACGGGGACGUCUGUACGAUCGUGACCUUCGGGACAACGAAGUUUUUGAGACUAUCGGUGGAGGUCAUAUUAAAAUCACCCGCAAUCCGGGAAGCAAUGCUACCAGUGUUAACAAUGCCAAGAUUACCGAAAGCGAAGUAUUCGUCUAUAACUUAGGAACAAUGUUCUAUAUUGACGAUAUACUUUAUGCACAUUUGCUACGAGAAUAUGUUUAUAAGCCGACAAAAAUCAGAUCCGAUCCCAAUGGUAGUGCCGUCGACGGUGGGCGUAAGUCUGUUAAGAAAAGCAAUAAAGUAGAUUUAAUAAGAUUAUUUUUUAUGUCUUACUCAGAACGGAAUGGCGACUACAUUAUUGGUGAUCAGGAUGAUGAAUUCGAAGACGAGAUCAUCACGCCGAAGGCACUACCCGUCCAGAUUUAUGAACUUCCACAAUAG